UUCUCAGUUUUUCCGCUUCACCCCAAUUUGCAAGUGAGAAAGCUUACUUUCCUUCUUUCUGCUAACAUAUACUGAGACGCACUGCAAUGGCGGCGACAGGAGCUUUCCUGAAACACUUGAGGGUGACCGUUCGGGCUGUACCUCAAAACCCUAGACCGAAUACCGGCCUCUUCGCCCUUUCGUUCAAUGCAAUACUGCGCCGUUUCUCUGAGGAGGUGAGAGGCUCCUUCCUUGACAAAUCCGAUGUCGCAGAUCGUGUUGUCUCCGUCGUGAAGAAUUUUCAGAAGGUCGAUCCUUCCAAGGUCACACCAAAUGCCCAUUUCCAAAAUGAUCUUGGUUUAGAUAGUUUGGACACUGUGGAGGUUGUGAUGGCCCUUGAAGAAGAGUUUGGAUUUGAGAUCCCUGAUAAUGAAGCAGAUAAGAUCAGUUCCAUCAGCCUUGCUGUUGACUUUAUAGCUUCUCACCCUCAGGCUAAAUAGAAAAAAACUACUAAGUAUUAUUUUUGUUCUUUUUUGUGAGGAACGUCAACAUUAUUAAAAAUUGUCGAAACUUGGUCUCUAUUUUUUUUUCCAAUAAAAUGUUGGAGAUAUAUUGGAUUUGUCCA